AUGUUUCCAUGGAGGCAGGGAGGACGGCACAUCAUGAUUGCAUGUCAUCUGCAGGACACACACUCCGAUACGCGGUGGCCUGUUACUCAGCAGGCGAUGAAACCCACGCGGGAUCAAAUAGUGAUGCAAUGCAAGGACCCAGUUAUCCGUCAGCGCAUUCGCGAUGACCUGCAGGUGGCUAUGCAGCAACCGACGUCCCUGAUGCAGAUCGACCAGACGGUGAGGCGGGCUCUCCUCAGUAAUACAGUGGCAAUUCCCCGAGAUGAACGCAAACCUUGGCAACACCCAAGCACGGCACGGGGGCUCGCGGACAUGUGGAAGGCACGACGGGCACUACAACAGCAAGCCCUUCAAUCCACCGAGGGGAAGGCCUAUGAGAAUGCCCUUGAAAAUUUCAAGCAGCAACGACGGGAACUACGUAAAGAUACUCUGCAGAGGAGACGAGACUUGUGGGAAACACAGCUGCAGGAGGCGGAGCAGGCUCACGCCCGAGGCAACAUUAGAGAGUUCUAUCAGACAGUGAAGCGUUUGGCUCCGCGACCACGCCCCGGCAAGGUCCAACUACGUGAUGAUCGAGACCAAUUGCUCGGGCCUAAAGCAGAACUUGACGCCAUUCACAAAUACUGGACUCAGAUCUUUGAUGUGCCAUCUUUACCAACACAGCAGUGGGUGCUUCAGUCGUCUAUGCGUUUCGAGCUGAAUGAAGUGCUGCACAUCCUGCGAAAGCUACCUGUUCACAAAGCAGCAUCUCCAGGGUGUGCCCCAGCAAUUGGAUGGCAGGUCGGUGCAGAACAGCUCGCUCCACCUAUGCUGGACCUUCUUCAUGAGAUGUUCAAGGCAGGGCCUAUUUCCAUUGAUGUGCAGUUGACCACAGCUUGGCUUUGCUUUUUACCGAAACCCAACAGAACGAAUCGCAAAGCGGAAGAUCUUCGUCCUAUUGGACUACAGCCGGUGCCCUCCAAAGUGAUCACAGCUCUCUUGAGAUCGCGCUUACAACCCUACGUCGAUGUAUGCGUGGAGCAGGUACCUCAAUAUGCCUACACCAAGCAUCGAUCCACACUGGAGGCAAUAGCAAUUGCAGCGGGUCAUUGUCAGCAAGUAAGACAAGCAGUCCAGGAUCAAAAACUGGGACUACAUGAACGACGAGCUGGAGUAACCAGGCAACCAUGCGCAGGGGGGGGCCAGUUAGCACUUGACUUUUCUCGCGCUUUUGAUUCCCUUCCCAGAGCCGUAAUGAAGGAUAUGCUGAAAUGGGCAUCAGUACCCACGGAUCUGAUCACAGCUCUGCUUGCAUGGCAUGAGCAGACCAUGUAUCAUUUUGGAACGCCAGGCACCAAGGAUGUUCGCGAGAUCAGAGUUUCCCAAGGCGUCAAACAAGGAUGCCUAAUCGCACCAUCUCUUUGGACCAUCUACACAUGCUACAUGUGUCAUCUCAUCAACCAGGAAAUGGGAGACCAAUGGUACCAUGAACACUUCGUUGGCUUUGCCGACGACGUUCACCUCAGGUGGCUCCUUCAUUCUUAUGCGGAAUGCGAGCAAAUGUGCACAGACAUUGACAGGAUCCUGCAGCUUCUCCGGAACCUCAAGGUGCACGUGAACCCCAGUAAAUCACACCUGCUGGUUCGCGUGAGAGGGAAUGAAGCAGAACGAUGGUUACGUCGGCGCAGGUACACAGACAAGGACGGCAUCCAUCACAUCAGAUACAACCUCUACACCAAGGCCAGCCUGGAGCUCAAGAACAAGUUCACUUACCUAGGAGUCUGCCUGUCUUACGACAAUUUCGAAGCACAAACGAUGGAACUUAGACUGGCAAAAGCACAACAGCAUAAACAACGACUGCAAAAAGUUCUCCAAGGUCGAGGUGGCUUGACGCUCAAGCAGAGGCUUAGAUUGUGGCAGGUGUGCGUCCAAACGUCCCAACUUUAUGGAUUGGAAGCCAUUGGUGUCACGGAGGCCACACUCCGGCUACUCAAGAUCCAGACGCUGAAGCAUCUACGCGCAAUCGCCAAAUCACCCAGACACAUCACUAAAGAAUCCGAUGAAGCGCUCCUUCUGAGACUGAAGAUGGCAUCACCCUCGGAGGUCCUGACAAAGCGCAUGCGCACCAUGAUUGCAAGGCAUGAAGCCCAGCAUCGGCCAACAUGUUUUCUGACGGAUCGUAUCCUCGAGCGGGUGCAGGCAUGUCUCCACGACUUGCAGAACAUUCCGGAUCACAACAGCAAAAGGGACUACCUCAAUGCAGCCUGUGCGAUACCCGUUUUGCUCGAUGGGCGACCCUCCGGAGGCACAUUGAACGUCAGAGUUGCCCAGGAGAUCAAUGCACUCUUCGGCCAGAUCCUCCCGGCGACACAGGCGCUACAAGCAAUACAGGAGAACAAAGAGGACCAGCACAUGGACGCGGCCACAAGUCAGGACAAGGACAAGGGCGCGAACAAGCGUCACAAGGCGGAAGCAACGAGGCGCCGAGAAAAACGAAGCCGGCCACCAUCAGCCAAUGGUUCAGACAAGGAGACGACACAGCUCACUCAGCUGGUCAAACUGAUGGGACACCUCGUUCUGAGACAGUCAGAACAGCUGAAUCGCAUCAGCACCGAAACAGGCUUCUUCAUGGUACUGGAAACACCGCCGACGAAAGGCUCCAUCACACCGGUGAUGUUCCAGGUAGCAUCGGAGUGGAGGAAAUGCAAGCAGAACGCUCCGGACAAGCUGACAGCCUCCUUGAGCACAACGAUGUUUCUUUGCAUUCUUCAGGAACUGCGAUCCAGAAGCGAGCUGAUUCUUCACAAAGAGGAGGCAAAGACGCAAGCAGUAUCACUGAAAUUGCUGACUCAGGAGAACGAGUGGAAGUAUCGCAAGUGGGACCCCAAGACAGAGACGCUCGUGGAGGAUACCACCAAGGAACCAUUGCCGCAUGCUUUGCUCGUUCAAACCCUAGAAAACAUACAGGAGGAGGUGAGCAAGGGCCAGGGCGUGACCAACUUUCAGGCGACAAAACAGCUCACGGAGACCAUGGAGAACGAAGCAGUACCCUUCAUGCUAGACGUGGGGCUGAGGGACGACGCCUUCCACAAACAAAUGCUACGACUGGUAGAUCUAGGGGCCAUGAUGCUGAUCGCGGCACGUCUUCGAACGCAAAGGUCCAAAGCAACCCCGCAGAUGGACAAACUCUACAAGGCGCUGAAGGAACUCUAA